GGUCUUAGGCUGCAGCUGCCUGCCCUCCCGGGCCCGCAUUCAGCGCACUACAGCCAUUUCAGAGAAAUGUCAGCUAGUGUGAAUGCAAAUGCAGCCAUUGGCACCAAGCCACAGCUACUGGCCAGCAGCAGCAAGCCUGUAUCAAGUUAAGCCCCGUCACCUUCCGUCUGGUCUGCAUCUCGAUCUAGCUCAGGUCCCCGUCACCUUCCGCCUGCUGCACUCAACGACAUCUCGAUACCUCAAGACCCGUUCAAGAGCCUUCAACCUGGUCAAGUCCCCCUAGGAUCAGUGGUUAAAGCACGCAGGGUGUCAUCAUAUGUACUGCGUAUGCCGCCAGCAGGGCGCUGCCGAACCGACCUGGGGCCGCUCUCGCCCCUGCUAAGCAUUGCUGUUCUAGGGCACGUACGGUUGCGCAAAUAUUUGAAAUGCCUUGUCUCAAGGGGGGCAGCGUGGUUGUCACAUAAUUGUCUUGCUCGGAGGCGUGUAGAUGAGCGAUGCUGGUUAGAUGUGUGCGGUGUGUGCAUGGGCCUUGGCUGCUAGACACACUUGGUUGUUGUUUGCAGAGACGUGUAAUUUCUGUCACUUAUGUGAGGGACUACUAGCUGAUUUCUUUCCGUCCCGCCCGCCUUAUUUGGAUCGUUUUUCUCUGUGGUUUAGGUGCCUGGAGGACACCAGGUAGCAGCGGCGCUGGCGUUCAUCCAGGAUCAGGCAGCAGGUGGUAGCGCGUAUGUCAGGACCGGGUUGGGGGGAGGUUUCUGCUCGGCGGCAAACUGAAAGUUGACGGGCAGACCCGCAGCCGCAGCCAGGUGGAGGGCUGCGGUGCGGGCAAGGCUCGAGUUCAGCCAGGCCCGGGUUCGCCUCAAAAGACAAGCGUGUGGGGCCCCUAGCCUCUGAGCCCUGGCUCUCGCGCAUCGUUGGCGCGACCGCAAAUCCAGAGGGCCAAAACUUCGACAUGGCAACGUGUAGGUUGUGCAGCCGCGGCGCCGGAGUGGCUGGUGCUGAAGUGCUUUUGGGGCGGCAGCACGAAGGAGAGCGUGGCGCUGGACUCGCUAGCAGUGCGGUAUGCAUGGGGUGCUUGGAGGUGGUAGAUCGCGCGCCUGGCUUAGGGGCUAGCGGCCAGGUGUGCGAUGGGACAGUGUUAAGGCAGGUUGGUGAAGUCCCGCAGGGUGCAGCUGAUUCCCAGAACCCAGAAGAUGGAAAACAAUUUGCAACAGCGCGGCUGGCCGAACGCCGGAGUUGCUGUACCGAAAACUUGCUGGCUGGCUGGAAGUUUGCUUAUGCGCAUUCCUCACGCUCCGGGCGCCCGGCCAGGCAAUAACACCACACAGACACACCGGAACGCCACACUCGGCGUUGCGGCUAGGUCGUGCACCCCUCUAUGCGACUGGCCUGGCAGAGUCACUGGGGGGACAAAUGUUUCGGUGCAGCACGAGGGGUGCCGUUCGGGGGUUGCGCUUCCCAGCCAAACCCGCACGCUCGGAGGGCUCCAGGAGUCGCCUGGGGCAGAGGGGUGGUAUGGGGUAUAGGCGGGGUCCCGCCGCCGGUCACCCCUCCGUGGAUUGGAUUGGCCAGAGUAGGAUUGGACCCAGCACUUGAGGAUUGGGUUUGGCCGGCCAGGGAUUGGAACACCACUUUUGGGUAUUGGGUUUGGUCGGGUGGGGAUUGGUGUCGGCACUUGAGGAUUGGGAUAGGGCAGGUGAGGAUUGCUUUGCGCACUUUCGGAUUCGGAUAGGAGAGGUGGGGAUUGGUCCUUGCAGACUGUCCUGACACCGCUGCAAUGCUGAUUCGGGUUCGUCCUUAGGGUUUUGGAUAGGGGGACCUGGAGUGCAGCGCACACUCGGCGCCCCUGGUACCCGCCCCUCAGCACCCGUGCCGCCCCCGAACUCCCCGAACCCCACCGGGGCCCUUCCACGCCUGCAAUUCAACACGGUUCGUGACGGGUUCAUAAUCGGCACUACGGUAAUGCACCGGCUGAAUACACCACUCCCCAGUCCUGACUAACCACACGAUAUCCUAACGUAAGCAAGCGAAGCCCGCGCAUUUGCCGGGGCUCUCGCACAAACAAUUUGGGCAAGUCCUUGGAAACGAGCCAAAUUGAAGUGGUUCAAAGCGGCAUUAAGCUGCAGUGCACGCCCAUGCUCGCUGGAGACCAAGGACAGGACUAUUAGUGCUCGCCCCAGAAAGUGAACCAUUGGCGCACUUCUCCAUUUUGGCCGGGGGUGGGAGACGUGAUGCCUAGAGGAACACAGCAGAUGCAAUGCAGAUCGCUGUAUCCAUAUCAAGGUCUGGAAAGGGAGAACAGGCAGGGGACAAAACUGCUUAGCUACACGCCGACACUGACGCAAACGCUGUAGACGCCGAUAUUAAUGUCCAGAUAUUGUAUGUAUUGGUGUCGUUAGUAUUAGUGACAAUUGUCAGAUGUAGAGCGAAAGGAGCAGAAUACGUUCAGACCUUCUGACCAGCUGACUGAACGCCGGGAAGACCGUGCUAUUGACGAGUGUUGCGGAACUAAUGCGUACGUAGACCAGAGCGGAAGGCGGAGUGGGCUUGCAGGCGGCACGAGAGCAGGCAGUCAGUAGCGCAAGUUGCGAAUUCACAUGUUACCUCGUAACCGACGGUAAACGCUGUGGACGGUCGCGCCCAUGGCUGGCUGACGGAAGGUGGCUGCUGUAUUGGGAUGGCUGGGCUGGACGACGCCGGCCGGGCUGGCGUUGGGACUACCAGAAAGGAUGCGCCCGAAACCAACCUGGAGAACACGUGCAACCAGGACCCGGGCCGCGGGGACUUGACCGUGGGGGACGGGGGGGGGGGGGGGGAGACUGGAGCGGAGCUGUCGCGGACGUGGGUGCGGCCUGAAACCUAUCGUGUCAGGUCGGUGCUGAGUGGAGGUUUGACGACGAGGGAGAACGACGUGGAGGAAGGAUUGGGUUUGGGACGGCAAGGAUUGGAACUUGACUUUGAGGGAUUGGGUUUGGGACUGCAGGGUUUGGAACCAGGCUUUGAGGGAUUGGGUUUGGGACGGCAGGGAUUGGAACCAGGCUUUGAGCAGUGCUCGUAUCUUCCUUCUUUUCGACAGAAAUUUGCCCAAAAAUGCCUCCGGCGGAAGAAAUUUUUGAUUCUUGUGGCCAAAAAUCUGUGGAAACGCUUCAGGUUUGGAGGGGUCUUUCUGAGAUUCGCAGAAGACAUUUUAGGGCGUUUCUGUCACUUGUCCGGGCCCAAGGCAAGGGUGACUGAGGUUCCCCAGGAAACUCUAUCU